AGCCAGUAUUGUGCUUGACAUCGCGCAGUACGGAUCCAUCGGUAUUUAUUAAGGAUCCACGUUUCGUUCCGGCAUUCAAUUAAAAAGAAGAUAAAAAUAAAAGCUAGCUGAACAGGACCUUACAUAAGAAUCUUAAUGCAAACGCGGAGAAUGGCACGGUGAUGCGUGUAAGAAAGGCACACAACAGAUUGUAUCUCAUUCAUACUCGAUUAAUCGAUCCAGACUCAAAAGCGCUCAAAAUACGUCAAAAUGAUAAUGUUCAAGAGCUUUUACAACAGGAUCAGCAAGGACUUCUGGCAAAAAGAGUUGAUGCCGUUGAAAUUAUUAUUCUUUGUUCAAGCAUCCACACUUUACGUAUUGUAUCCGUACUUGACUAUACAUAUGAGAGAAUUGGGAAUAAAUGUGGAAGAAACUGCGAUAAUGAAUGCCAUUACACCCGUCAUGGCGAUGGUGAUGCCGCCGCUCGCUGGCAUGCUAGCCGACCGAAUAGGAAAUUUCAGAAUUUUGCUGUCGGUAUUUUCCGUGUUCGGUGGUUUUGCGGCAUUAUUACUCCUAUUAGUGCCAAUCGGCAGAGUGACAGUGCAUUUUCCCGAGAGAAUAAUUAUGGAUCUCGAUUGUCAAGAUAGAAGCAAUUCGCUAUUCUAUACAAUGAGCCAGACUCAUCCGUGCGAAAGAAAAUUAGGAUCGGAAAUCGCUAUGAAAGUAGAAAGCUGUGGAUUCGUGUGUCAGGUGGACAACGAAACAGAUCAAAGUUUGAUUCCAAAAUCGAAGUUUUAUAUAGUGAGAUACUUUAAUUCUCAGACUGGCGUUAAUGUUUCGUACAAAUACGCCAUGGCGCAGAGUGACUUGUCAACGAGUGUUGAUCAGCAGGAAGACAUAAAAGAGCAUCGACAAUUAAAGAAUAAUGAGUUCUUUAAAACGACUAUCCGGCAAAUCUCGAAAACACACUAUUUUUUCCCAACAGAUCAGCUAUUCUCAUUCUCGUGUGUAUCGUCCGGACACGUUCAAGAUAUUGAAAACUCCGAAAUAUCACACGGAUUAUACAGAAACUAUACAUCAUGCGUUUUUGGUCAUUUAAUUAAACCGGAGAACGAUGUCAAUUCAACGAUAUAUUAUCAUUCGUACAAAUCAAAGAUUAAAAGUCUGGAAAUAGACGGGGAGGAUUUGCGAGAGGAACGGCAAAGAUACUCGGCGGAUGAAAUAUCUUUGGCGGAAGACUUCCAGAAGCUCACUUGUGACAAUCCAGAGUCUACGCACAACCGAAUCGCGAUAGAUAUGCUGCUCUAUAAUCACAAUGCGAAUCUAGAGUCGACGAGGCGAGUUUUGAGCACGAAUGAAUGCAACAAGAGGUGCAUCGUCACCGCACCUCGCAACAGUAUGUGUUCUAACAUGGAUACGGAAAUCGAACUUAAUGUAAGCCUGACGUUCUGGGUUUACCUCAUCAUUAGAGUAUUUAUCAGUAUUAUCGGUGGCACAACUUUUGCUAUGUUCGAAGGUGCCGUAAUAGCGAUAUUACGAGAACAGGACGCGGAUUAUGGUCUUCAAAGAAUUUAUGGCAGCUUAGGAGGAAUGAUUUCCUCGCCCCUGUCAGGUCUUCUUAUAGAUUACGCCAGUAGAGAUAAAGGAUAUACCGAUUUUAGGCCAGCAUUUUACUUAUACACGGCAUUAAAGCUCGCCUCGGCUGUUCUCAUGUUACUGAUCAAUCUGGAAUUCAAACCACCUGCCAAGAAUGUCGUGCGUGACGUCUUCACUGUUUUGAAAAACAUCGAAAUCGCCGCGCUCUUUCUUGCUUGCUUUGUUCUCGGCACCGCUUGGGGAUACAUCGAGGCGUUUCUCUUCUGGUUGAUUCAAGAUUUAGGAGGAUCUAAAUCAUUUAUGGGUGUCACGAUAACAGUAAGCAGUAUCGCCGGCAUACCAUUGCUGGCGCUCUCUGAACCGAUCAUAUCGAAAAUCGGUCACGCAAAUGUGCUUUUCCUAGGAUUUGUGUUUUACGCCAUUAGACUUUGCGGUUAUUCUUUGGUUUACAAUGUUUGGCUGAUUUUAAUCUUCGAGGCGCUAGAAUCGGUCUCGACGUCUCUCAGCUUCACCGCAGCCGUCACUUAUGCCGCAAAAUUAUCGUCUAUAUCUACCGACAGCUCUAUACAGGGAUUACUUGGCGGUGUUAAUUACGGAGUUGGCAAAGGUACCGGAAGUUUAAUCGGUGGUUAUCUGAUAAAAGCUUUUGGUAACAGACCAACCUACCAGAUUUUUGCUGUGGUAACUUUAUUGACUGGUAUAAUAUAUUUUAUAUUUAAUGUGACUUACUUGAAAAAGCGAUCUCAGCUUCGAGACGAUAAUACCGUAAAAGAGAAAUUCGAAAAUGUCAGCUCACAAAAUAGUCCCGAGAAACACACCAAUAAUAUUAAUCUUGAUAAAAAACCACAAGAUGAAGUAAUUAAAGAGAAUGAGAGCAAUUUGAAGGAAAGUGAUAGUAUAGAUAAUGGAGAAAUUUUGAAAAAAAUAGAAAAUUAUAAAUCAUCAGAAGAAAAAAAUAAAAAAAAUUUAACAAAAAUUAAAGUUAUCAGAAAUGCUGAAAAUGUUAAUCAAAAUGAAGAAAAUUUAACUGAAAAACCUGAGGAUAAAUCGACACCAAGUGAUGACGCAAUAAAGGCUGAAAAAAGCGAUAUACAAGAAACCUGUUUUACUAACCCGAAUGUUCAGACUGAUAAUCAGUGCAAAAUCGGACUAGAAGACAAACAAAUAGACAAAGAUAUUGAUCGAGUAAGUUCCUAAUAAUUGUCGAUGAGGAGUUAAACGCGGCAAUGGAAUAAGUAGUUUUACAUAAUUUAAAAAAAAAGGAAGUUUUAAGUUCUGGACAACUUGAAAUAUAAUAAAGAACCAAACAAGGAU